AUGGCAACGGUUAAGCGAAGCAAAACUAUGCCGGCAGAUGGCCAAACAACAAAGUUCUUAUACACAAUCCUGAAGCAGCUGGACUUGAAAUCAAUCGACUGGAACUUGGUUGCCUCUCAGCUGGAAAUUACCAACGGCCACGCAGCCCGAAUGCGCUUCUCACGGUUCCGGCAACACAUGGAAGGCAAUACAACAGCUGCCCGCACGCCUCGUGCAAAGAAGUCCAAGGCGGAAACUGCAAAGUCGAAGAAGGCCAUGUUUGACGAGCCGAUAAAGAGCAAAGAACGAUCUCCCACCGCAAGUGCUAGCCCAACGGUCAAGAAGGAGCCAGAACUGCCAGUGAAGCCAGAACCGGAAUUUCAAGUCGGAAUGUCAGAGCCAGCUUCGGCACCGCCUCCGCCUCCGCCUUCGCCGCAGUAUUUCUAUCCGCCGGGCAUGGAGGCUGUCCCCAGGUGUUUCGAGAACGCAGCAAUUCCGAAUCCUAGCCCCUUUUUCGACUUCUCAACUGUCUCACCAGCAGAGUUGACAGCUCCUUCUUUUGUCUCGGAGCCAGUCAUCGGCUAUUCCGCACCGCCCUUUGGAGAGAACUGGGUCCAGGUCAAGAGCGAAAGAGCUGAUGGUGAGAUUGAGAUGCAGGAUCUCUUUAUCAAAGCUGAACCAAAUUUGUGA